CUGCCAGAAUUUGAGAGAGGACAGCAGCGUUUUGCAGAAAACACAUUUGCUGUGUGUCUUAAAAGCUUUCUAAAGAAGUCUACUGAAGAUAUUCUGCAUAUGGGUGUGUGGAUUUAAAGCUCCAGGAGAGCGCCGCAGAGACUGCGAGUCAUGGGCGGCGUUUCCCCUCAGUGUGCGUCCUCCAGAGGGAAGAAAAAGCUCCCAUAUGGGGGGAGAAAGCUCAGGGGCUGCAUGCAGACUCAGGAAAUAAGUCUGCUGCAUGCAUGAAUCCGUGUCGGAGAUUCAACCAGCGAUUAAAGCACAUUUUCCACUCUCUUUUUUCUGCAAAAUCACCAAGAUGUGGUGGAGCCUCCGGAGCUAAGAGAUCCAUGAACCCGGGCUGAGAGCCUCUCCUCCGGGGCUGGAGAAGCGACAGCAGGUCGGGUCAGGCUCGGUUGUUUGUGGACUAAAUAAAAGUGGAUUUCUUCAGGAACGAUUUGGAUCAAACACAGUGUGCAGGAACAUCGUGGAUCAAUCCUUCCUCUGUCUAUCCAUGCACGUUGCUAACCCUGGCUGUCCUCGUGCUGCUGGAUGUCCCACCUCCCUUUAGGUGAGACAGAAACUCUCUAACCUGCAGUUUGUGCACCGACAUGGAUAAACUCACCGUGAUUUCAGGAUGCCUCUUCCUCACUGCAGACAUCUUCGCCAUCGCCAGCAUCGCCAACCCGGACUGGAUCAGCACUGGAGGAGCUUCCGGCACUCUGACAGUAGGUCUCGUCCGUCAGUGCCAGACGAUCCACGGCAGAGAGCGGACCUGCUUCCCCCCCCAGCUUCCUCCAGAGUGGAUCACCACGCUCUUCUUCAUCAUCCUGGGCAUCAUCUCCCUCACCGUCACCUGCGCUCUGCUGGUGAUGUCCCACUGGCGCCGAGAAGCCGCCCGAUACGCCCGAUGGAUCGCCUUCACAGGAAUGGUUCUGUUCUGCAUGGCUGCUCUCAUCUUCCCCAUCGGUUUCUACAUCAACGAGGUGGGAGGACAGCCAUAUAAACUCCCCAACAACACAGUGGUGGGCUCCUCAUAUGUCCUCUUUGUUCUCUCCAUAUUCUUCACCAUCGUGGGGUUGCUGUUUGCCGGGAAGGUUUGCCUGCCUGGAUGACUUCUUUUUGUGCUUUUGGAGAAACACCACCAAUGGAGGCAGAUUUGGACUCCUCCAUGCCAGUGUGGGAAGUAUCAUUAAGGUCAAACAAAACUCAGAGGAACCUGUUUGUGCUUCAACUUUGGAUGAAUUGUCUUGAGCUCUGAUAUGGCCUUCCUUAUCUUCAACCAUGAACAGUGAGAAGGAAGUCAUUCAAAUGGGAGAAUGUUAAAAAAACAAACAUGAUGGAAAUGGAUUAAAACGUCCAGACUUUCAAGGAGGCCCUGCUGCAUCAUCUGUCUUUUGAACAUUUAAUGACAGAUAACCCUUCUUCCUCUCAUCCCAUCUAUCAAGAUGCACACAUACUGACAUUUCAGGCCUUAAAACCGCCCAAAGCACCAAAUAUCCGGCUCCAAUACGACAGAGGCUCUUCCCUGAACACAGCUACAUGGAGCAGACUGUAAUAUAUACAAUGACGUUUCACUUUAUUGUCACAUUUUAUUUAUUUCUGAAAUCGUUCCGUUAUGUUUCUUUUUGUAAAGGCGUUAUGUAUGACACCGUUUCUCUGCCGUUGAUAUGUGUGGUGGAUCACUUUGCCUUACAGAGCGUUUAACCUUAAAGUAACUGAUAGAGUUCAGUUGUAAUCUCAUGGGGUCCAUUUCUUAUUAUUGUGGAUACAUGAAAGCAUUUAGCAUUAAAAUAUGGCAACCUCUGUCCAAAUUGAUCAGAACACAAUAUUUGUACCUAUACCUCGAGUAUGUUAUUGUAGGGUUGACUAUUGAUGCUUUCACAAAACAAUUAGAACAUUGAUGGUCACCAGUCAAAUGAAUAUGAAGUAGAUAAAGGCAUAUAAUAUUAGGCUAAUUUCAGAAAAUCACAUCAUUUUACUUCACUAUAAUGCAGCCUUUUAAACAAGGAAAACACACUAAUAUUUAAAUAUCCAAAAUCUAAGUUUCAUAUCACGAUAUCACGCUGCAAGAAAACGAGCUGGUCUCUAUGAUUUUGCUCUUCUUUAGUAUUAUUAUUCUAGUAACACAGCUUUGUUCUUAUUUUAGUGAAUGUAUUAUUCACCUUGUUGAGCAUCUCCUGUUGUUUAAACACUGUAUCAAGAAAUGACUGAAGCUACCAUUAGUUUGUUUUAUAUUUGUGUUAAUGUCGUCUUAAUUUCUGUAUAAAUGAAAAGCCUGUCUGACAUUUUCUAGAAGCACUGUGAUGCUUUUGAAUGAGCAUGGAAGAUCUCAUUCCAUUAAAGAUGAAUCUUU